AUGAGGAUGAUAUCCAGUCAAUCGAACAGUGAUCACUCAGCGAUCAAUGAACACAGUCUCCACUCGAUCCACGAGCAUAGCCCGCUCCUCCCCAGCCAUGAGACUGAUGACCACGAGGUCUAUAGUCGUCGAACCAACCGCACCGAAAAGAUAAAGAGCUAUAUUCAAAAAGCCACCAUAUCGCUACAAUCGGCCGUUCAACACAUUUUGCCUAGAAAUAGGCUGCCGGAGUGGCUUCAGACAACCAGACCCCUUCACGAUUCCACUCCCAGUCGUCCAUCGAUAAUAGGCCAGGUCUUCUUUCUCGGUGUUUGGUUUCUCAUCAAUCUCACUCUCACUCGACAGUCUUGGUUUCUUUCGAGUCUCAGCGAACCCAGCCAGUUCCCACAGCCAACGCAACCAGAAUGGUUACAUUGUGUCGGAUCUUUUUGGCUCAAGGACGACGGAUGUGGCCUCAACGGUGCAGAUUGUAUGAUCUAUCGUAACGUGAGUAUGGCCUUCAGAUGUCCAUCUCAUUGCGGGACAAGCACCGGCUUGUUGAACCCGCGAGUGGUCGGUGGCGAGGUAGCCAAUUACCGGCCACUCGUGGUUGGAGGGGGUGGACAAGGAACAAGAAGAUAUCGCCCGGACUCCUUCAUUUGUCAAUCGGCCGUCCAUGCUGGCAUCGUUUCUGCGCGUUGGGGUGGCUGUGGGGUCUUGAAGAUGCUGGACGGAACCGAUGGAUUCGAAGGAUCGCGGGCUAAUGGGAUCCGCUCCAUCGGCUUCCCCGCUCCCUUCCCAACGAGCUUCACCUUCCUGGACAAUGUCCAUAGUAGCGGAUGUACCGACCUAUGGCCCAUCAUCAUCUUGUUUAACGUUUUCUUCAGCGCCAUCUUCACUCUUCUUCUCGGCCCCUCUCCCCAGAUGUUCUUCUGGGUGCUGAGCUUUGUCGGCUAUUGGAUCGUCAUCGUGGCCUCUGAACCAAGCAGUUUACCGCCAUCAUGGUCAAAAGCCAGCGGCAAUUUCUUGCCCUUCCUCUUUGUCUGCUAUUGGCUAUGGGACGUCUCCUGGAGCAACACGCUUGAGACUAUCAGUAGUCUGGAUAGGGUGUGGGUGUACCUGGGGCCGUGGUGGUUUGGAGUACUCAUGAACUUGACAGUCGGUUGGGUACCCUUAGACAGGUUAACAACCCAUGACCUUCAACAGCGGUCUGGCGCACUUCUGGCUCUAGCCGUCUUACUCACCAUCACAGGUGUGCUUGUCUACUAUCAAGCUGUGUGUUUGCGGAAAGAAAACCGGCUCGAAAAAUUGCGACUUCCGUACGCGUUUCUGGCGAUUGUACUACUCUUACUUUCAUUCGUACCUCAACAUUCACUCAGGAUUCAUCACUAUCUAAUCGGGAUUUUCUUGAGCCCAUUAGCGUCAGCCAAGACGAAUUUAUCCGGAGUCAUCCAAGGCUUUCUUCUCGGGAUGAUCCAGAAUGGAGUGGCACGAUGGUCGUUUGGCUCGAUCCUAGAACGCACCUCGGAGGUGAUCGGGGACGGAUAUCAGUCUGGCGACUUGAUGCCUGAGUUCGAUCUAAGAAAUAGCGGCCUGAUCAAUAACUCUCAAGACCUGAAGGUUUCGUGGAAGGUCCAUGGCUCUAGCACUACUAAUCAUACUGCAACAUUGGUUGGAGUUAUGGCCAACGAUAUCUUAAGAUUCAUCAUCCCUCAUCCCAACCACUCGCUCAUCAUUGAUAAUUUCUUGGAAAAUCUUACCUCUAUUGCUACUACCUCCUCUUCCACCAUGAUCAGUGCUAUGAAUCAAGUCUUCUUCAGACUCGCGUUUUUUGAGGAUAAGUUCAACUCGAGUCAUCGGAUCGGUGAAUAUACCGGGCCGGUCACUUUUUUUGUUAAUAAUCAAACUUGGCUGGGUCCGACUCCACUUAUUUACAUCGAAAGUGCCUCAUGGGAAACACCAUCAAUCUUGGAAACGGGGGCGAAGGUCGUGAUCUACAUAAACUGA